CCAAAUUUUAUUUGUGUAUCCGGCUAUAUCCGCGUUUUUUUUGUUUCUUAUUGUAAUAGGUUUUCAAGUAUGUUAUUAGCGUACCACCUGGACCUGCUUCACAUACCGCAAUGGACAUGACUGUGAUAAAUUAGUUCCAGGGCAAAGGCAAGUCUAGAAACGCCUAUUAAUCCAAAUCUGCUGUAGCAUCUCACACGAGGCUCUUUAACAUCGUUAUUGCCAUUUUCUAAGGGUAACCGCUUACUUAUAUGCAUAAUACUUUAUUUACAUUCAUUCAUUCAAUAUACUGCGAAGUUAUAGAAAUUUAACAAUUAGCAUCGUGUUUUUAACAGUAAACGGCGCUGUUUUGGUUGUGAGAAUGCGAUUAUAUUAGUAUGUUAAUAUCCUGUAUUAACAACUAGCAAAUAGGACGAUAAAAAAAGAAAGUAAACAUGUACCAUUUUACCCCAACUAUAACAACUAUAUGUUUGUUGUCUCCUCCCUUUUGUCCCGCCUAUGUUUUGGCGCGGUUAAUAGAACAAUGCUCUAGCGGAAAAUGUAAACAAAGUAUUGACGUCGUAAGCCACGCGCGCGCGUCAUUUAAACACGUCAAACUGUGUGGUUAAAUGAACCUUAACACAAGGUAUCAAUACAUAUAUGUAACUUAGAUCAAUAGUAUAUAUCAAUACCAAUCCAUAUGAUACCCUAUGACGGCAGCAAUACGUCCACGCUUUCUUGUUUUGACGAAAAAUCAGCCCAAGGACUCCAGUCAAAACAAAGGAUCACGUGACAUGCUCUGAUUGGCCGCCCUAUUGUUGCCACACAACAGGUGCUGUGGGCUUGGUUAUUAUAGCGGGUGCCAGGUCGGAAUCGAAUCAUUCCGUGUUUAUUUUGACCGAAGAACGAACAUCCAUUUAGAAAGUCGAAAAUUUUCGCCUUUCGAUAAACGAUUAACGUUUUGAAAUUUUUUCUGGAAACUUUUCGUUCGAAAAUUCUAAAAACAGGAAACUUCUCGAUAAUUGAAAAAAGUCGAUAAGGGACUCAAGUUUUGUGAAGUAUUUCUCGUCGUCGCUGAAGAUUAUUUAGGGUUCAGUUCAGUAUAUUUUAUAUUAUCGCCGGUCAAAACCUACGUAGCAAAGCAGAUGGUUGUUGGUGUCAUUGCCAUGGACAGUACUUCAGUCAAUCCGGUGCAAAAACAAAGCAAUCCUGUUGCAAUUCCAGACUCGAACAAAAAUGAUUCGAACGUUAAUGUUAGUCCGCCACAAAAACCAAUCAACAAACAAAUGCAGAAAUUUCUGGAAGAAGAAUCUCGAAUCCAGGGUAAUGUUACGUCACAAAAAGAUGGUAGCCACACCCCAGACACACCGUCCAGCGACGAAGAACAAUUCCGGUUACCGGACGGUUCGCCAACUUUCACGAGCGUCAUGCACGAGCUGCAUGUAAGACUUACAGACAUUGAACUAGAAGAACCGAAAACACCAAUUUCCCCGCUUGCUCUUAACAGCGAAAGCUCGAACGGCGCGAAAAACGAGCCAUCUUCCCCCAAAUUCCUUCUUUCCCCAAGCGCUCCUAGAAAACGUAUCACCAGCGCUUCGACCACAGCGUCUUGCGGCCGUUCUAGGUCCAUGUCAUGGAACGCACGCAACAAAUUAGCUGCCGAGCGCCGAAAAGCAAUGCUGAAGCCCCCACCCCGUAGCGACAGUCACCCCACUAGUCCUUGUUCAAGCCCUUUAAUUAACAGAAAAGCCAUGCGGUCUAGAACGCAACCAAACACGCCAAAGCUAGCCCACAUAUCUCCCAAGUACAGAUUCCCGAACGAAGUGAUCUCAGUUUCCCACGACGACUUGGUGCGCGAGCAGGAACGCGAGCGAUAUCUAGCGGAUGGCUUUCACGAGGCAAAAUCGAUUUUUGACACUGCGGUUUAUAGUCGGUUCGGCGUCUCACCAGAAUAAAUGAGCCAAAGCACUUAACUAGUAUGAGCGGAUCACAUGUACUAGAUUGGAGAGCAUCUUGAACUCCAAACGACCAAUAUAAACGUGCAUUACGUUAUAGUUAUACCAACAUCUAUAUAUUUUCAUUUCUUCCGUUGUUUCUUUUAUUUUAUUCGUUCUGUUUGUUAUUGCGUUUGUGUCUUAACUUCGAAAAUAAAACAACAAUGUAAAAAA